UUGCAUCACAUAGCCAGCGCGACAAGAUGACGAAGCGCACCAAGAAGGUCGGUGUUACCGGUAAAUAUGGUGUCAGAUACGGUGCCUCGCUCCGAAAGCAGGUGAAGAAGAUGGAAGUCACCCAGCACGCCCGUUACAUCUGCACAUUCUGCGGCAAGAACUCGGUAAAGCGCACCGCCGUUGGUAUCUGGGAGUGCCGCUCCUGCCGCAAGACCGUUGCUGGAGGUGCCUGGACUGUCUCCACCGCAGCAGCUGCCACCACCAGAUCUACCAUCCGACGUCUACGAGAAAUCGCUGAGGUAUAAGUUUGGGUUUGGAAUUAGGAGUUGCUAGUUUUAAUACAUGGGGAUUCUCUCUUGCAUUUUCCAUAUCAGAAUAACAUAUGACGAUGACGCCCUCAAA